GUGACUGACUGACUGACAGCGCAGAAGUGGGCGAACUUUCGAUUUCGUAGCCGUCCGCUACGGAACAAUGUUUUAUUAUUAAAAGAGGAUGUCAGACAUACUGAUGAAAGAAAUGGAGAGUAUAACGCUUCUUUCUCCCAGAAAGCCGGGGAAACAAACGGAAAAGGACCGCAGUUUCCUACUUGUAGACGAACAGGAAAACCUGCAGGUCCAUGACGAGUGUGAGUUUGUCGAGCGGCUGGGCUGCGGGGACAUGUCCGAGGUCAAGGUCCUCUCCGUCUUCGGCAACACGGGCGACGGCAAGUCCCACACCCUCAACCACAUCCUCUUUGGGGGCGAGACUGUGUUCUACACCUCCAAGUCCCCCAGCUCCUGUACCGUGGGGGUGUGGGCCGCCUAUGACCCCUCCCUCAGCCUGCUGGCCCUGGACACAGAGGGCCUGCUGGGGGCAGCCACCAAUCAGAACCAGAGGAUGAGGCUCCUGCUGAAGGUGUUGGCCGUGUCCGACCUGGUGGUGUACCGCACGCGGGCCGAGCGCCUCCACAACGACAUGUUCCAGUUCCUCAGCAGCGCGUCGGCGGCCUACCUGAAGCACUUCACACCCGAGCUGAGGGCCCUGUCCAGCCGCUGCGGCCUGGACGUGCCCCUCUCCUCCCUGGGGCCCGCCGUCAUCGUCUUCCAGGAGACCACCCACACCCAGCUGCUGGGCCACGAGUCCCUAGCGGCGGGCCACGCCGACACGCUGCUCCAGCGGCGCUUCCACGACCUGAGCCUCGGGACAGAGGCCUUCAGCUCCAUGCAGUAUGUGGGCACCCAGACCGUGGCCCCGCCCACCGACUACAGCCUGCUGCUGGAGGCCGUCCGGCAGCAGGUGCGCAACACCCACACCCGCUCGCCUCGCCAGCCCGCCAUCGUGUUCCGCGCCCUGGAGGCUUUAAGUAAGCGCUUCUGUGGGGAGAUCUCAGACAGCCUCAUCACCCUCAACUUCUUCCCUGACGAGUACUUCACCUGCUCCUCCGUCUGCCUCAGCUGCAAUGUGCGCUGUAAGAAUGGGAUGAACCACCUGAGGGACAAGGUCCCCCACGUAGCGGAUGGUCUGUGCCAGUACGCACACCAGUUCAACAACAAGGUCCUCAUCUGCAAGAGGUGCUACGAAGGAGGAAGAGAAGUGAUUGUGGUGCCCAAGACCUCCUCUUCUGCAGACAACCCAUGGUUUGGACUGGCCAAAUACGCCUGGUCUGGGUACGUGCUGGAGUGUGGUAACUGUGGGAUCAUCUACCGCAGCAGACAGUACUGGAUGGGCAACCAGGACCCUGAGAGCGGCGUGGUGCGGCCGGAGGUCAAGCACGUGUGGGAGGGCAGCGAGGCCUUCCUGGUGGACCACCAGAACGCGGCCCAGAGGGUCCUGGACGGGGUCAACUAUGUGGUCCAGUCCGUGUCCGAGUACAGCACGGGGCCCACUAAGGCUGUGACCGCCUGGCUCACGGACCAGGUGGCCCCGCCCUACUGGAGGCCCAACAACCAGAUCACUGUGUGCCAGGGAUGCAAGAAGGAGUUUGAGGAGGCGGAGAGGAAGCAUCACUGCCGCUCCUGUGGCGAAGGCUUCUGCCAGCCCUGCUCUAGCCACAGGAUGCCCGUGCCGGAGAGGGGCUGGGGGGCGGCGCCGGUCCGAGUGUGCCAGACCUGCCACCGGCACGGGGGGCCGUCGGACACUGGCACCCAAGUGUCCAAAGCGGAGCCACGGGGCCUCAUGGCUCGCAGGGUAACGGAGGUGGCCCAGUCCACCCUGGACAUGGUCACCAACGCCGUGGACUACCCUCUGUGCUUUGUGAAGGGCAUGGCCCGGCCAGAUUACUGGAUCCCCGACCAGGAUAUCACCCAGUGCCACCAGUGCACCAAGGGCUUCACCCCAGCCAUGUCCAAACACCACUGCAGGGCCUGCGGCCAGGGCGUGUGCGGCCCCUGCUCCACGCACACCAAGCCGGUGCCGUCCCGCGGCUGGGACCACCCGGUGCGGGUGUGCGACGGUUGCCACGCACACCAGGGCGCCCUGUAACCCCCUCCCCCCGCACC